AGGUCUGGGUUUGAGAACAUCUUGAGGUGCCCCUGAAUAAUGGGGGAGAAGCACACCUCAAAACAGACACGCCUCAGAAUGUUGGACUUUUGCUUUUUUUUUUUGUUUUGUCUUUAACAUGCACACAGAUGUGGCCGGAAAAAAGCGCCAUUGUUCACCACCUUGGGAAAAUAUAAUAACAGAGCAAAGCUUCCUUUAAUGCAAAUACGAUAUGGAAAAGGAGAACGGAGAAGGGAGGGGGGCUGGCAAUGGCUGAUGAUGCCUGGGAUACUGGCGCAGAUCUUGUUGCCAGGGCAACGGCGUCACUUGUUGCGUUCGCGAGCCCGCCAUGCAAAACUGUCUCCUCCACCUCCAGCGAUACGUGCAGAUGAAUUUCAUUGAUGGGAUUCUUGCAGAAGAAAUGUCGAAACAGGGUCCACACUUUCCUUUACUUGCACCAUGGGAGAGAAAUGCAAAUUCAGUGUUGAAAUCCCACCUUCUGCAAGCCAAAGAGAUGUCUCCAGACGCUAGCGUAAACAGAGCAGACCAGCUAGAAGACAGACUUUGGAUCCACGAGAAGAAGGCAGCGACUCUUGCCGAACAGGCAUUCCGCAUGAAAGAAGAGAUUGCUGACAGUCUACGAGAUAUGCAAAGCAAGGGUGCGGCAGAACAGGUGGCUCGACAGGUCCUGGAGGAGCACAUUCGCAAGAUCACUGCCAUUGUGAGGCAACUGAACAGAGAUAUUGUGGUUUUACAAGAGCAGAUCAUUGCAAGGGAUAAUGUGAACCUGGGAAACAACGCAGUAGUCAAGAAUCUAGAGAUGCAGCACAUAUCAAGUCUGGGUGACCUGCGUGGGAGAAUAGCCAGGUGA